AAGUAAACGUGUACUUCAGGUUUGGUUUCAAAAUGCUCGAGCUAAAUUACGUCGAGGUUUAAUUCAAGAACAAGAAAAUAAACAACAAAAAGCAUCAACAUCAAUUGAUAAUAAUAAUUCAACAACAAAUGAAUUUUUACAAUUAAUCAAUGACGAUGAUAUAACAAGUGGAACAUCGAAUGAUCGUAGUAGAACAGAAGAUGAAGAAAUUAUUGAUGAAUUAGAUGAUUAUGAUAAUAAUCAAAAUAGUGAUUCAUCGUCAACUAUAAAUACACAUGAAUUUAAUCAUCUUAUGCCGCCUUAUUCUAUGUACCCACUUUUGUGA